AUGCUACAUCAAGAAGCAGUUUAUGAUGAUGCCACCCGUAGCUUUGACUUCAACCAGCUGUUCGACACCAGUGCUUCGAAAAACAGAUGUACUGUAAAAUGUCAACCGACUGUUACUGGUGGCAACACGGCAAGUGUGAAUGGAGGAGCCCGUAAGAUCCCUAAACGCGGUACUGGGAGUGUGAAGAAUUCUGUACCAGAACAGAUCCAUCUGGAGCGGAAUGGAAGUCACGAGACUGACAGGCCUGAUGAGGAUGAUGCAAGCUGCGAUACUGACCAGGACUUCGAUGAAAAGGUAAGGAACAUCGUUGAUGAAAAGAUUGGGAAUGACCUGGAGACUUAUGUCCGCAAGAAGUUUGUGAAAUCCAUUCGGGAUCGCAUCACAAAGUCUCAAAAGGAAGGCCUCGAAAGGUUCAAAGGAGACGGCCUACCUGGGCUCAACGUCAUCAAGGGCAACACCCAGGACACCAUUAACAAAACUGUCCAGUUCCGUAUGGAGUAUGAGAAUCAGAAGGCCCAAGAAAGGCGCUUCCAGCAGUUCGUUGUGGAGAAGCUUCUUGGUCACAUGAAUGGCACUGUGGAAGCCCUUGGACACUACAUCCUUGGGAAGCUUGGAAGCAAUGAUGGCUUGGAUGAGAGUAGCCUUGGCGACAUCCUUGGAAGUGACCCUUAUGAGCGAGGCAAUUAA